GAGCGUUUUUUUAGAAAUCAAAAGCGGACAGCCAUUCUCACGUAAGCUACUGCAGGAUGUUACGUUUCACUAAAACAACAGUGUGCACAGUUUUGUGAAUACGUUACGUUUAUUGAACUUAAACGAGCUUAACUACUUUCUGUUUACUCUCUUGGGCGGUUUUAAUGUGUCAGAAGCUGAAUUUCGAUAAACAUCUCGUCAGUGCUUAUGCUGGAGUGGCUGUCACACCGUCUGAAAUGGAUUAAAUCAUGCCGAUGGAGGAACAGAGCUGCUCUUUGCAUCAGUUAUUCAGUUCCAGCUCUGGAGAAGAGGAGGGCUCUAGAGAGAAAGGUGUGCUCUACAGAUGGCAGGGCUAUUUCUGCAGGGUGACCCCAGAGAGACUGCUGCUGUCCAGGCCAGUGCUUCAUGCUGCACUGGGGACUUUACAUGGACUUCUGCUGACAGAAGAUGGGCAUGUAUAUAAUUUUGGCGAGCAGCCAUGGAAACGAGUCGAAUCUCAGCCUGCCGGCCCUGUUAUAGAGAGCGCCCUGAGCGGUCAGCGUGUGAUCUCUGUGUCAGCGGGCAGCUAUCACUGUUCUGCUGUAACGGAGGAUGGCCUCAUCCACAUGUGGGGGGAGAACUCUCAUGGCCAGUGUGGCGUCUCUGGAAUGGACCAGGUACCCAGUCCCACUCCCGUUAAUGUGGUGGAUGGCGAGAUCCAUCCUCCGCAACUGGUCCAAGUCCUGAAUGUAGCCUGCGGAGCACAGCACACUCUGGCCCUGUCAAGAAAGCAUGAGGUGUGGGCAUGGGGUAGUGGCUGCCAGCUGGGACUAGUCACCAAUAUAUUCCCGGUAUGGAAACCCCAGAAGGUGGAGCAUCUUGUGGGAAGAUAUGUGGUUCAGAUUGCUUGUGGUGGGUUUCACAGCCUGGCUCUGGUUCAGAUUCUUUCUCCCCCAGAGGACAGUCAGCAAGCUUGGGAUAGAUGUGGGCAGUGUAAGCAGAGCCUUUACACCAUGACUGACAAGGAUGACCAUGUUGUUAUCUCUGAUGAGCAUUACUGCCCACUUGGAGUGGAACUGACUGAUUCUAAAGAAGGUCGAAGGUCAGGACAGAGUUCUCCAGCCCAGACACCACAAAGCAAAAACUCCUCACCCCACUUCGAAGUAUCCCCGUUGACCUUGAAGAACAUCUGCGAAGACCCAGGUUUUUCAGUCAGAUCUCAGCAAAAUACAACAAGCCAGGAGUCUCAACCAGUCCCUGCUUUAUCUGAAACCGGACAUGCACGUCUACGACGAACCAAAAGCAAUCCCUACCCUGAUGAGCAAGCUCUGACAGACUACCUCAAAAGAAUUUCAGAUCAGACCCUCGCUGAGCAGGCCGAGGCCGCCUCUUUGGGAGGUUCCCAUCCUCCGAGCCGUCAGUCGUCACUUACAUGUCCUUUCCGAUCAGACCAAAGUGAUGAGCUUACACUACGUCCCUCUUCACCAGCACUGAGUCGAACUGAUAUCAGAUACAGACAACGCUGUGCAUCAGAUACUGUCACAGACCGGAAACACUCUCUCCAUUUAAUACCAACACUGGAUUCCACUUCUGAUGAUUCUUCACUGCACUCAAGUGUGGAUGGAGGCGUUUGCAUCAGUGACCACGUGGUUAGCAAUGGAUGUUUAUUUGAGUCCUGUGAGGAGGGAGGAGAGGCAGCUGGAAUGGACUUCUGUCCAGCAGAUCCUCUUCAAGUCAAGAAGAGCACCAGUCUGAUGGACAUCACGUUAGAGGACGCUGAAGCACGUAAUCGCAGAGGGUCUUUACCUGGCUUCUCUCCAGUGUCACCUUCUGGCAGUCAUCGAACCAACCAUUUAAGAGCUGUAGUAGGUGCCAGGACUACUACUACUACCUCAGAAUGCAGAAAUCUCCUUCCUUCCCUCUACACUGAGGUGUGGAGUUGGGGGAGGGGCCAGGAAGGUCAGCUAGGUCAUGGAGACUAUUUGCCCAGGUUACAGCCUCUCUGCAUCAAGAGCUUAAGUAAAAAGGAAGUUGUCAAGAUCACUGCUGGAGCAAAUCACUCAUUGGCACUGACAGCUCAAUGCCAGGUAGAGAGGGACUUCAGAAUAUUUCUCCUUUCGAUUAUAGACUGCAACAGUGUCUUCAAAAUUCUUCAGUAAGGCGUUUUAGGCCUGAACUGAUUC